UGCGGGCAGGUAGGCGUGGAGAGCUGCGCACCGAGACUCGAAAGGCGGAACGGAUGCGUUUGGUAGAAGCUGCGGUUUGAAAACUCAAAAUUGUCGAACUAAUUAAACAAACAAACACGUAGUGCCAAAGUGACAGCGACAGGGCGAUAUCAGAAAGCCAAUCCUAACCGGGAGGGUGUUGGUGGUCACUCCUUGAGGGUGUGUUCCCACAUCUUUUUAACGGCCCCUGCCUCAAAGUAUCCUUGUCAUCCAAUGCCAUACCACACACUUCAUGACCACUGAAGAUCCUUCUUUCUUGUCUUCUAUGGAGCCCGACCAGGAGAUUACUCAGUGGUUAUCCAGUCUGCACCUGGCCCAAUAUGCCUCCAGCUUCACCCGGGCUGGCUACCUUUGUCUUAAGGACCUCAGGAGCCUAACUGAGGAGAAGCUUGUUAAGAUCGAUAAUAUCCCUACAGGACAUCGAAGGAGGAUCUUAAGCAGCCUGGAGAACCUCAUGGUGGAGGCAGAUGGAAGUUCUGUUAAAGUACCCGUGAGGCGAAAGCCGAUCCCAAGGCCUAGAAAGGUGUUUUCCAAGGAUGGGCAGAGAGAAAUACCUUGUCAGCAUCCUCAGAGAAAUACCAUGGAAAACCUCCAGAUGGAAAGACAAAAUCUUUCAGCUAGGACUUGUAAGGGUUCGGUGACUUUGGGUGAGUCGAAGGGGACAACCAGGGGUCGUAGGCCGUCCUCCAGCUCUAGCUCCGCCUCUGCCCACAGCAGCAACGAAUCAUUGGAGAACCUCUCAGAAGAGCCCUACUCCUUUGGGGAAGAACCUAAUGAGGCCAAUGUAGGGUUUCAGGGAGAAAUGGUUGAGAAUGAAAUAUAUGAUCAAUGCCCUUCGGACGUUAGGGCAGGUUUAGAACCGAGGUCCACACGUUCCUAUAGGCUACGACACAGACCUGUACCAGACAUCCCUGAACAUACUUUUUUACCUCCCUAUGACUGGAGUGUGACGGUAAACAACAAUACUGACCAUCUUACAAAACCAGAGGGUCCUGCUUGCACCACAAACAUUCAGAAAGCUUCACAUCAAAGGACCUUGUCUCCCAUUGCCCCCUAUGGAGAGCUUUUUUUGUACAAUUCAGCAGAAACCAAUCUGGAUAUGGACAAAGAUGUAAUGUCCAAUCAAGAAAUAAAGGAGAACCUGGAGUUGAGGAAGGAGACAAAAUCUAUAGAAAAACUGAACAAUAACAAGCAAGAACCUUCCAAGCAUUACAUUGAUCAUGAUAAUGAUUACUCCACUGUUCAGCCAUUUACUGUCAGCAAGGAUUCAGCCAAUGAAAGUUCUUCUAAACAACCUACGAACCUUCUCACCAGACCUGGUCAACCAGUUGUGCGACAAACAGAUGGGACUGACAUAUACAGUGUGCUAAUGGAUGAUUUGCCAGGCCUAGUUGCACCUUCCCUUCAAAAAGAUGUUUCCAUUUCACCCUACGCCUGCUUUUAUGGAGCUCCCAAAACUGCUGUCAAAGCAGGCUGGCUGGACAAACUCUCUCCACAAGGGAACUGUGUGUUUCAGAGACGAUGGGUGAAGCUUGUAGGAGGAAAUCUCACUUACUACAACAGCGAUAAGGAGAUGUACUCAAAGGGCCUGAUCCCCAUUUCGGUAAUUAAACAAGUUCGUGCUCUGGGUGAGAAUAAGUUCGAGGUGAUCACCUCCGUCAGAACCUUCGUGUUCCGGGCAGAGAAAGAAGGAGAACGUCACGAUUGGCUAGAGGUUCUUCAGUCUGCAGUGAGCUCCCAGUCCUCCAUUUCCCAGCAGCCUCACAACGGUAACACAGACAAGAGCGGCUACGUCGAGCUGCGUGGCCUCAAAGGAAGAAUCUACCUCAGCCUCAUGAGAACCAGCUUCAGAAUCUCCAAAACAGAUCAGGACUUUAAUGCUGGACUGGCCAUUUCUGUGGUGGAUUUGACUGCUGCAAGUGUGAAACAUGUUGAGAGGAAAGGCUUUGAGAUCACUACACCUUUCAAAUCCUUCUGCUUUACAGCAGAGUCAGAGCGUGAGAGGGAGGAAUGGAUAGAGGCGAUUCAGGAAUCAAUCGUAGAGUCCUUGUCCAAUUACGAGGUGCUGGAGAAGGUUUGGUUCAACAAGUCCAACAGGAAGUGUGCAGACUGUCAGGCAUCUGAGCCAGAAUGGGCGUCCAUUAAUCUCUGUGUGGUCAUCUGCAAGAAUUGUACUGGUCAGCAUCGAUUUUUGGGUCCUGGUAUCUCCAAAGUCCGCAGCAUGAAGUUAGACAGCAGCAUAUGGAGCAAUGAGCUCAUCGAGCUGUUUUUAGAGGUUGGGAAUAAAAAUUCAAACCGAUUCUGGGCAGCAAAUCUUCCCCCAGAGGAAGAGCUUUGCAAGCAGCCAUCGCCAGAGCAGCGCGCAUCCUUUAUUCACAGGAAGUACAAGGAGAGGAAGUACAAGAAAGUUCUGGAAGGUCUAAACACCCAGGAGGAACUCAACAAGGCCCUUUGUGCUGCGGUGCUUCUUCCUGACGUCCUGCAGACCAUGACCCUGGUUUUUACCGGGGCAGACUUGAUGUGUGCGACAGGUGACCCUGAGUACUCCACCCCAUACCUCCUGGCUCAGAAAGCAGGCCAGAGGCUGCAGAUGGAGUUCCUCCACCACAAUAAGCUUUCAGAUUUUCCUAAGAUGGAUGCAGUUUGUGACAGCAGUUUUUCAGCUGAUGUUCCCUCUUUCAUGGAUGGAUUUCUCUACUGUUCUGUGAAUUCAGGCAAGUCCACUUUGGACCGGAAAGGAAGACCUGAUAUAGUUCGACGUUGGUGUACGUUGGAAGGAGGGUUUCUCAGUUACUAUGACAACAAGAAGAUUGCCACACCCAUAGGCCGGGUUGACAUUAGUAAGGUAGUGAGCCUGGCCAUCAACCAUACUGAGAACAUCACUGAAACAGGGCCAGUGUUCACCUUUGAGUUGUACCUGCAGUCUCACAGAGUGUUGGUUUUCGGAGCGGAGUCCUCGGACGCCCAUAGAGAUUGGACAUACGCCAUCGCCAAGUGUUUUGUCCCCUCAAGGGCAGAUGCUCUGCUGAGGCAGGACAGCGAGCUUAUUGGCCGGUUGUACUAUAAAGAGGGUCAUGACCUUUAUCAUUGGCGAAUGGGAUGGUUCGCUCUGGUGGGCUCGGAGCUCUAUUUGUGCUCUGGAGAUGAAGAUGAAGAGGACGGAGUGCUUCAACUCAAACGCCUUCAGGAGCUUACUGCUUCCACUCAUAUUGAAGGUGACGAGAAAAUCCAGGUCUUACUCAUGGUUGAGAGUGGAAGAACUGUUUACAUUCAUGGCAUAACCAAGCAGGACUUUGCACUGUGGCACUCUGCCAUCCAGUUAGCAGCUAGGACGGACGGUACAGCUCUCAGUAACCAGCAAAUGAAUAAAAACGAUGUUCCUAUCAUUGUGGAUAGCUGCAUAGCUUUCGUCACCCAAUACGGUUUGUGCUGUGAGGGAAUCUACCAGAAGAAUGGUGACCCGGGGCGUGUGGCCCAGCUCCUGGAGGUGUUUACAAAGGAUGCCCGGGUUGUUAAGCUACGGGUGCAGGACCACCAGCUAGAAGAUGUAACAGACACACUCAAGAGCUUCCUGUCUCACAGUGAAGAUGCGCUGUUGGCUAAGGAGCUCUACCCUUUUUGGAUAUCUGCUCAGGAUGAAGAGGAUGAGAUGGCCAGAGUACAAAAAUAUAAGUUCUACGUUCAAAGUUUACCCAAGGUCAACAGGUCAACACUUGGUGCCCUACUGCAACAUUUGUACAGGGUCCAGAGAUGCUCACACAUGAACCAGAUGAGCACGCUAAAGCUGGCGUGCGUUUUCUCGCCGUGUCUGUUUCAAACAGAAGGACGCACACCUCAGGAGACUCGCGUGGUGGAGGACCUCAUCAACAAUUACAUCCAGCUCUUCUCUGUCAAUGAAGAGCAGGUUAGGCAAAUGGAGAAAGAAAACAGCUUUAUCACCAGAUGGAAGGACACCACGUUUUCCCCCGCCGGUGACCUGAUAUUUGAGGUCUACUUGGAAAAAAAGGAGCCAGAAAAGUGUUGUUUAAUCAAGGUUUCUCCUAGCAUGCGGUCCGAUGAGCUUGCUGUCAGCACUUUGGAGAUGAAGGGCUUGAUGCUCAGAGCUCAAGACCUCUGGACCACCUUUGAGGUCAUCGAGAAUGGAGAGCUGGAGCGACCUUUACACUACAAAGAGAAGAUUCUGGAGCAGGUGUUGGAGUGGAGCUCUCUGGAGGAUCCCAGCUCGGCCUUCCUGCUCAUUAAGAAAUAUUCUGGAUGCAAAAUGACAGAUUCCAAUUCAGAUAAGCUGAAAGAUUUCAUUAAAGGCGAGCAACUCAAGUUCAAAGACGGCUCCUCCAAAUUGCUGUCAGGGAAUAAAUUUCAGGACCGAUACCUGGUACUUCAGGACAAAAAACUGCUGUUAUACAAAGACAUAAAAAGUACCAAACCUGAAAGAGAGGCUCAUCUGAAAUCUGUGAAAUGUUACUUAGGGCUACGAAGGAAGUUGAAACCAACAAGCAGUUGGGGAUUUACUGUUUAUACUGAAAAGCAGCAGUGGUAUUUCUGCUGUAAGGGGAAUGAUUCUCAGCAAGACUGGGUCAUCUCCAUUAUCAGAGUGAAGCAUGGAGGUGACUUGUGGCCUAAAGACCUGAAGCAGAGCGCAUCAUUACCUUACAACCUGAGCAGAGGAAGAACAUCCACGUACAGCACUGCUCAGACCAAACACAACAGAGAGGUUAAAGGAAAGUCAGUUCUUAGUACAAGUAUAGAAAGUCCAACUACACAAAAGCAAAUGACCACCAAUAAGAGCGACCAACCAGACUCGACACAUAAAUUGGCUGGCAGUGAGGACUCUCAGUUUGAGUCCAGGAUGGAAAUGGUAAUUUAUGACGCACUGAAAUCUAAGCAAGGAGCGUCGCCUCAACAGGACCCCGGCGCUCUUCCACAACUAUCUCAGAGGACAGCUGUGGCGUCCAGCAGAGGAGCGCAGUUGCCUCAGAACAUCAUUAAUGAACUAAGUACCGUCCUCAAUAAAACAGGACGCUGUCCAAAAGGAAAUGACUAAGAGACACAACGACAGAGUCUUGUCUACGGCUCUCAGAGGAUCAGGAGGACAUGAGGGUUUUGGAACUUAAAUUCAAACCAUAAAAUAGCUUUGUAUUAGACUUAUUGUCAUGUUAUAGUCAUACCUCAUGCACUUUUAAAAAGCCAAAGCUAGACAUGUUACUCAUUGGAUACUCAAAGGAGAUGUAUAGGUAAAUGUAAAAAAUGAAUUGAUCGGGAUAAAUUUGAUCAUAAAAUGUAAAGAUCGACUGGAUCCUCUGAAAGAUCUUUGGAGAAAUUUUCACAUCAAGCCAUAUUUACAAUUCAGUAUUGAACUUUUGACAUUGCUGUAGGUUUUGCAUGGUAAUUUCACAAGGUUUUAGAAAACACUACCAGAAAACAUUGAUCCGGCAACAUUGAGCUGAUUAGAAUUGAUCCCACCUUUUCCAUUUUAUGAAGGCGUUUUUUUUUUCAUGAUGAGCGAAAUGAAUCAUUCUGUUCGUGUUAAUCUAGCAAGCCGUUUUUUUGUGACUAUCAAGAGAAUCUUGUGUCCUUUUAUAGUUGGAUACAAAAAUAACCCACUACUCCAAACCUCCAACAUUCUUAAAUAAUGCAUACAAGUACGACAGCGUACACACUGGAUAUUGUCGCCCAGUUCAAUAUAAAAUAUUUAUACUUGACAUUUUAUGUAGAUUAUGAAUCACUUAAGAGUCGCCUGCAUCUCGUGUUAUUUUUAAAAUUGUAAUUGUGCACUUGUGCCUGUCGUGAGAACUUCUAACAUGCUAAGGACUGUAGCAUAUGACUAAAAGCUAAAUGUCAGUUGUUAAACUGGUUAAAUGCAGUGUUUCUGUUGCUGUAUAUGUUUUUUUAAUGUCAUCAGUGCUGUAAUGAACUUAACAGUUUUCUUUCUGUGUAAAACUCCUCAGUGUUUGUAGAAAUAUUCUGUAAAAAAUGUUCAAUGUUUUAUGUCUUUUCAUGAAAAUAUGCUGCUGCUGUUACUCUUCAUCAUAUUGUAUUUUCCGUGUUUUUUUGUCUGUGUUUGAUGUGAUUUACUUUCUGUAAUCAGCCAGGGGUGUAAGUGACACACCUGUGUCAUCUCUCUGGUUUAAGUUUUUAUGCCUGAAUGAAUUUAGUGAGUUUUAUAAAUGACACCUGUCAAAUGUUGACACUUUGAGCACUGCCACAUGUUAUGGUUUUGAUUGAAACACGUCGCUUCUGUGCUCCUGUUACGCAACGCAUGUGUGUUUAUUCUCGCCUGACUUUACCGCGCUUCCACCUUUGCGUUACAGUUCCGCUCGUGCUGUUGCUUUUCUCUCAUUUGAAGGUCACCAUAUGGCAGGAGUGUGGGGAGUGAAGGGCCUCGAAUAAUUGAAAACAUUAUGCGUGACUUUGACACACAAAGGAAGGUCUCCGUGUAAUGGUGAAAUCCAGGUUUUUACGAAUGAAUUAGCGGGGAUUGCAUCUGCUGUUACCCACUGUCUUUUAAAAAAAAGUUUUUUAGUUUAGAAUGUUUUGGCUUUGUUUUUUUCCGGGGUUAUUAUCAGUAACUAACACUAUUAAGACAUUUGUGUUCAUUGAAAUCAAAUCAAAUCUAAGUCUAAAAAGUAAUUAAAAAAUGUAAACUAAAUGACUAAACUUAACCACAAUAAACUGAAAUAAGUUUAAGUUGAGGCACUAACAUUAUUAAUGUGAAAUGAAUAAAACUAAAGCUAAAACACAAGUAAAAUAUAACCUAAAUAGCGUCAUGAAAAUAAUAUAAAUAAAAAAUAGAACAAAAAAGUUCAAAACGACAACAACAAUACUAUACUACUACUACUUAUAACAUUAUUAUUAUAAGUUAUUGUGUACAUAAUAAUAAUAAUUAUUAUUAUUAUAACAAACAAAAUAAAAUCUAAAGUAAUUUUUUGAACACGUUAUGGAUCCUUUAUUUUCAGUAGCUAAUGUUUACCUUUAUACUCCUGAACAAACUUUACACCCAACUUUCCUGGACUGGCCGUGCCACAGCAGAGCAGGCAAAGCUUCUGAAAUAACCUCCACAAAACCCAUUUAAAAAGGAGAUUAAGCUAAUAUGACACAAACAUUUGCUCAUAAAAGAUGCAGUGUGUCACCCUUGGCUGUUAUUUCUCUGGGGCUUUUGUUUUAUCAGUACAAAGCCUAUUCACUGUUGUUUAAGACCGGAAAGUAAGCGCCGUUGAAGACCCUCAACCGCCAAGCUUUCAGAUUUCAUCACUAAUGCAUAACCUUCCCUCCAUGCUAUUAGUCAGUAAACAUUGAGCAGUCCGGAGAGAUUAGAACAGUCAAUAAAGCAAGUUAAAGUUUUAAUUUACGCAACAAAUAGGAAAGGUGGGACAGUAUACUUAAGCACACCACAGGCACCAAGUGUCUCUUGUAAGACAAUUAAUGUCAGACUAUUAAAAUGAUGGAUUUAAGAGCUUUAUGGGAUAAAUUUGUUAGUUGUUAGUGUAGGAAGAGUGCCAAAUUGUAAUGUUAUUUACAGUUUAUUGUUUAUUUUGUUGUUGUAAGAGUUUGUUCUAAAAGGUGUGCUGUGCUUGUUAGGACAAUGGGUUGGGGGUUAAAAAUACCCCCAAAAUAAUGUUUCAUCUCAAUGGAAGUCAAUGGGUGCUAUUAAGUUUUUUUUUAAUAUCUUUUGUGUUCCAGAAAGUGGGUCAGUAAAGGCUAAAAGUGCUUUCAUUUACAGCCUGAUCUGAAAACAGUGAAAGUGUAUGUCCUCAUAAAUAUUGUAACGUGUGUUUGGUGUCCUGCAAGUGGACUUUCACUUCCAAACGGAGACCAUUGUGCCCACAGCAUAAACACAGACACCGAUCUUCAUCCUAAACUGGAUAUUGGCCACUCCAAUUGGACACACUGUCAUAUUGCCACUUGCCAGCUGAGAGGCGAUGAGCUGAAAUUACCAUGAUGAUGGGAAAACCAAGAGAACUCUGUAGACAACAUGUUUAGUGUAUAAAAUAACGCAAUCUUAUCUGAAAAUGAUGCUAAAUUGCAUUCAUCACAUCCUGUUUGUUUGUGCACUUCGAUUACAUACUGUUGCGGCAAUUUCCUGUAUUAUUCACACUUCAGUAAAUUCAUGCCUGUGUUCUCCAGCGCCUUCCGCUGGGGUCGGAGGUUAAAUACCCAUUGUUACGUUAUACGGUGCAUCUAAUCAACAGAGCCUGAGCGUAAUGAAAGUCAGUGAACAUACUGUAUGUGUACCGCUAACAGAUAAUAAACUGGUAUUCUCUCAAAAUUAUUCGCGGAUGAAAUGAGAUUUAGGGGGUUAGGAAUCAUUACAAGGCUUAUCUUAUCAAAAUUAAUAACCCUAUGAUACUGCACCAGUUGUUCACUUGGCACAAGCGUGCAGAUUCGUUAUCGCAAUGUGCAUCGCCACAAUCCCUCCCUUCUCUGUCUCAAUGCGCCUCUUAUCUGAUGUAAAUAAAACAACUCUCGUCAGACAGCAAGAUUUCUGAUUGGCCACAGACGUACAAUAGUGGCUAAUUAGCAGCUGAAAGACAAUGUAGGACUGAUGGGAGAUCAUAUCAGCACCCACACAAGUGAACAUGUUCAAAAAACCAGGAUUACUUUAACACGGAGUGUAAGUGAGGAAAGAUGGGAGAGAAAGAGACAAUCAAAGGGAAGAGGGAUAAUCAGGGAAGUAUUAUAAAACAGAAGUGAUGUUUAAAUACUGUAUGUGCAAUGGGGUCCAAAAGUUUGGCACUGCGUUGCAAAUCUGUGAUUGAAAAGUAAAUGUAUACCUUAAAAUAAAUGAGUGAAUUUUUGACAUUGACUGUAUUAUCAAGGCCAGAUUUCCUUGCUUAUAUGCUUUUUGGAACAUUCUCAAAUCAUGCUGGGAAAACAUGGAUCAUCGGGUUUUACUAGUAAAUUGCAUGUUAUCAUUAAACGCCAAUAUACCAAAUAAGCAAUUCACGUACAUUUUUGAAGGUCCAAUGUGUAAUUUUUUGGAGGCUCUAUUGACAGAAAUGCAAUAUAAUAAACAUAACAAUGUCUUCAGAGGUGUAUAAAGACCUUACCUAAUGAAGCGUUAUGAUUUUAUUACCUUAGAAUGAGCUAUUUCUAUCUACACCGCGGGUCCGCUUGCAUUGAAUUCACCGUGUUGUUUCUACAGUAGCCCUAAACGGACAACCUGCUCUGCAGAGCGCGUUUCAUAAAUAUGUUAUUUCCUUCGGCAAAGAAGCAAAAAUUGAAUCUUAGUUCUGUGUCGGCCACCGUAGUGCUGCGAAAGGGGAGGGGGGUGGAGUGAGCCGUUGGUUCAACCUCACCACUGGAUGCCGCUAAAUUUCAUACACUGGACCUUUACAGUAUAUCACCUUCUUUAGAUUGCUGAAACAUUUUAAUAAAUUAUAAAAGCAUUUCAGCUGUCUCAGACCUUUAGAAUUUUAUAUGUAAACACUAAAUAAAUGCGUGUCCGUAUGCAUAUACAACAUCUCACUGUUUAACUUUGCUUUGAUCGUUCAGUCAUUAGAGUCAUUGUGGCAUGCAUGACUGAGAGCUGGGUAACUACGGCAACAGUAAAUGAUUUUAUUAUGGUAGCCUCUGACAUCAAUUUGUCACUGACUGCAUCACUGAUGCCCUGUGCUUGCAUUUAGAUAACAAACUCUAGCUGCAUUCACUCUGUCAAAUUUAUGCUGCCAGUGAUACACCCAUCGCAAGCCAGACUAAUACUUUAACCUAAUUUGUCGGAGCAUUUAUCAUCUGUUUACCCGUUCACUCGGUCUCGCUCGCACACCGUCGAGCUCUUCUAAAGGCUAAGCAACCGCAGAUUUUUUUCCGGUCAUGAUGGAAAGGCAAUCAAAAACAUUAGCUAUUUUUAAGAUAAAAUUGAUCGCAGGGCACAGUGACCAAACCCUUAAACCUUGUUCAAAUUAAACCCUCUUCCCAAAAGUUGAUCUUAGCUGGGAAUUUGACUGCCCUUCAGUCACACUCUUUGGGGAGUCAACUAUUAAAUUGGAAUCAUUAUUUUAUGAGAAAAAAAAAAAGUAUUUCUGAAAUAUCUUGCUGAGUCUUGGCUGACUUUUAGUAACCUUCCCUGUUAUGUAGUCACAGAUCUGCUAUUUCGAAACUUUCUCCGCCGCAGUUUUGGCGCUAAUAAGACUUUCUCUUCAGUCUUAAUUAGCAUUAUCUACUAGUGUUUACACAGGCAGGCGAUUCAGGUCAUAGACAAACUAGGACAGGAGUGGAGUUCCUGCUUAUUUUUCUGCAUUUGUUUGCAAUCUUGAGGAGCGGGAGGAUGGAUAAAUUCUCAUUGUGGCUGUUGAUUGGAUGCUGAAAGACUAGAUGAUAGUGAAUAAUUAAUGGUAUAGUUUCACUAUGAGCCUGUCGGGUGAUAUCUUUAAACUCCUUAGACUUCAGCCUGAUUUGUGUUUCUCCAUCUCCUACUUGAACAUGGCACAGACAGAUGUCCACUAGAUUUGCAUCUAAAUAAUAAAUGAACAAAGGAAACCAACCCACAAAGGGUCAACAUAAUAAAGGGUCAACUUGCUGUCUACUGUACAUCCAGGGUUUUGAACCAGUGGGGCCCCGAGGCUCUGAAGAUAUUGCAGAUACUUUAUAAAGAGAAAAAAAGCAAUUCCUUGAAAAGAAUGACAUAUUUAUAUAAAAAGCAGAGGAAAACAAUAAGAGACCAUAUCAAAAUUAUUUGCAGUUUUUCUGAAUUUACUGUGUGUUAAGUCAACGAAACUACAAAAAAUAUUUAUCCCAAAUUUCAAAUUAAAAUUCUAUUUGCAUUUAUUUGUAGAAAAUAAUACUGGAGAACCUGGUCAAAAUAACAGAAAUACAACUUCUAAGCAAUACAACAGUAAUAUUAGUACAUGUUUAUUUAGCAAACGUUCAAGAAAUGUCAUGACCUCGAUUUUUAUCACAGUUUUCAUGUGUCUUGUCA